CACGAGCAGUGCUCGUGCUCCACUAUAAAUACUAGAUAUGGCUCUCAAGUAGUCAAACAGUUGACGUCAUGCAGUUGCUCAUUCUCCUUGCAGUCUGCUGCGCCGUGGCCUGCGCCAGCAAUGCACACGAUGCAACGGACAAAGCCUAUUCACCACGCUACACUCUGUUGGCCGAGAGCAAGCGAAAGGAUCAAGACAUGGGACCUGCUCCAACUGAUGUAGCUGCCAGUGAGCAGCAGCCUUGGCGGCGCUUGGCCUAUGCCGGCUUUGGCGGUCAGCCAAGUAAUUGGCUAGGCUCUAGUACGGGCGGAGCACUCGCGGCGCCAAUUGGACCGGGUCUCAUGCUGCUGGGUCUUAAUCUAGGCGCUCUUCUCUGCAUGCUGCUGGGAUUACUAGGUCUGGGUCCAUCUUACCGAGUUGGCCCAUGGCACGCAGGCGAUAUUUACCGGAGCGAUAGACACAAUUUAGGUGGGGACAAGGAAUCGACAUUGUAUUUCUAAACUUGAAGCCUUUCUCACAGGUU